AUGCCGACACGGCGGCGGCGUGACGACGACGACGACGACUCGGACGCCGCCGCCGCCAGCGCAACGACCGUGACGCCUGACACUAUAGACAUGCUCUGCACGCCCUAUGCACUGCCGUCGGGCGGCGUGCUGACCCUGGGACCCUCGUCGACCAUCACCCUCACCGCUGACGCCCUCUUCUCGCCGCACUGUACCGCCUACGAUGGCCCCAUCCGCGAUAUAACCGACGUUGUCGACUUGCAGGAUCCCUUCCAUGCGUCCGUCACGCCGCAGGUGUACGCCACGGGUGCCGCGACGGUCGUGUCGUGGAUGUUGGUCAUCAUGUUGCUCAUCACGCCGCGCACCUUCUUCGUCGGCGGGGCCGGGGGGCGGUCGGGCCUGAUGGGCCGGCGCGGCAUGAUCGGUGGCGCGUCGGGCGGCGCGUCGGUCAUUGGCGUGGGCUCGCGGCCCUGGCUGCAGAAGGUGGCGGCCCUGACGGUCGCCGUGUCCAUGACCAUCGCCACGGCCGACACGUUCCGCGUCGCCAAGCAGCAGUACGAGAACGGCUACAUGGACGCCGACGACAUUCGCCGCGAGGUCGUCGGCGGCCUGGAGAUUAAGAUUUCGCGCGUCAUCUCCGACGUCUUCCUGCUGCUGGCCCAGGUGCAGACGCUAAUACGCCUGUUCCCGCGCCAUAAGGAGAAGGUCAUCAUUAAGUGGGUCGGGUUCGCCCUUAUCAUCUUGGACAUGGCCUUUAGUUCGGUCAACAACUUCGAGGGAAACGACAUUGGCCGGCCCGCGCACUUUAAGGACGCGAUCCCGGCACUAGCAUAUCUCUUUGAGCUGGCCCUCAGCAUGCUCUAUGCGGCGUGGGUCCUGUAUUACGCCCUCACGAAACGACGCUACGCCUUUUACCACAAGCUGAUGUACAAUAUCUCGCUUGUCGCUCUACUGUCUGUCAUUGCCAUUCUGACACCAAUCAUCUUCUUUGCCACGGAUAUUUCUAAUUACACUGUUGCGGGAUGGGGGGACUACUUCCGAUGGGUGGGCGCCGCGGCCGCGAGCGUCAUUGUGUGGGAGUGGGUGGAGCGCAUAGAGGCGCUAGAAAGGGAGGACAAGAAAGACGGGAUUCUGGGGAGGGAGAUCUUCGACGGCGACGAGAUGCUGGACGUCACCCCGUCGGCGGAGAUCAAUUGGCCGGGGCUGCAGCGCGUGCGCCAGUUACGGGACGAUCGGAGGAGCGGCGGCGGGGGUGGUAGCGGCGUCUACGCCUCGGGCACCAGCACCAUGGGCUCGGGCGUGUCGCAGCGGCCGUUCCGCAUGCGACAGCAGCAACAACAGCAACAGCAGUACGAAGAUGGGCGCUUCAUACCGCUGGGGCCGGUGCAUUCGAAUGCCGACGGCGACACGCGGCGCGGGUCGGGGCCAGCGGGCUCGUUAGACACGCGCGGCUUCCCCGGGAGCCCGACGACGGCGACUCCGGCGCGACCGGCCCCGAUCGCGACGCCGGUGAGCCGAACGGACUCGGCGAGCGUCGACAGCACCGUCUACGCCGUGCGCUAUCACUCUGUCGCCGACGCGACGCCCCGCCAGCAGCAGCCCCCCACCCCGGCCGGCCAGGGCCCGGACCACAUCCGCUUCGAUCUGGGGCCGAGCAGAUCCAAGCAGGCCCAGGACCACGACGGCCCCGCCGAUCUGGAGCGGCAGCAACGUGGGGGGCCCGAGCGCGCCAACAACGCGCUGUGGAGAGCCCUGGCGCGGCCGUUCAAACGGCGACGAACCACGCCGCCGCCGGAGAUCCUGGGCGCGCGCAUCAUCGAGCCCGCCGCUGCUCCCUCUACUGCUACUACUACCACGACGACGGGGGAAACAGCCGAAGACUCACCUGGUGGAGGGGACAGGCCCGAACGCCGCGAGCUGCGGCAGGCGGCGCAGAACUACGCGUGGUGGGAUGUCAAGGGACGGAUGGGCGCGAUGGCGGGCGAGGUGGGUGAGGUGCUGCUGGAGCGGACGGCGGCGGGGCGGCUGCGCAGCAACAACAACGACGCGCAGCAGCCCAUUACGGUGAUUCCGGCGCAGCCCCGCGGGGGCAGAGCGUGGUCGCCGGACGCGCUGACGGCGCUAUCGGUGUCGGCGGCAUCGUCGCCGGCGAGGUCGUCGCAACGAGAGGAGCGAGGUGAGGGUGAUGGUGACAGCGAGGUAGAGUGGGGCAUGGGCGGUCGCGACUUGGCGACGACGCCACAGCAGCAGCGCACUACGCCGGCAGUGUCGAGUCCGCUGGCGCGCGAGGCUGAAGGCGGUGAUAAUAGAUUUAGUGGCGGUGGAGGAGCGGAAGCGCGGUGA